UCCGCACGUGUUGCCGCUCCGCUGGUUCCCGCCGGCUCCGCGAAGGCAGCGCAGCAUGUUUGGGGGCCGGGUGAGUCCUCUCUUCCUGGACACUUCAGGGAUCUGGUGGCAGGACCCGCCGUCCCUGGCAGCAGUGGAGGCGUCCUGGGAUGUGGCAGAGAUGGCAGCUCUGCGGAAGGCUGCAGAUGGUGACUCGGACCUGAGCCACCUGGAGAGGGACAGUGCAGAGGAGCUGGCUGUGCCGGACCCAGAGCUGGAGGCCAUCAAAGCCAGAGUGCGGGAGAUGGAGAAGGAGGAUGAGAGGCUGAAGGAGUUGCAGCUGGAAGCUGAGAGCCGCCUCGUCAUGAGCUCGGAGGCAGGUCUCUUCCCAAAGAUGACUCAGGAGAAGAUGGAGGUCGACCAGCGAUCCAUCUACGUGGGCAACGUUGAUUACGGGGGCACGGCGGAAGAGCUGGAGUCUCACUUCAACAGCUGUGGGCAGAUCAACCGAGUGACCAUCCUCUGCGACAAGUUCUCAGGGCAUCCCAAAGGGUAUGCCUACAUUGAGUUUGAGGAGAAGAGCUCAGUGAAGGCUGCAGUGGAGCUGGACGAGAGUGUGUUCAGAGGCCGUGUCAUUAAGGUGCUGCCCAAAAGGACCAACAUGCCGGGCAUCAGCACCACUGACCGUGGGGGCUACCGGGGCCGCUUCCAAGCCCGGGGAGGGCUAGCGCGGCGGAGAGGCUACUACGGAGGGCAGCACCCGAGGGUGCGAGGGAGGACGUACAGGGGUCGGGCAAGGCUGCUGCCUUGGUAUUUUCCGUACUAGAAAGGACUGGACUGCCCUGGUGAUGCCGAUGGGACUGAAAUGAGAUGGGAUUGGAGAGAUUUAAAAAUAUGCCUACCCAAGCCAAAAAAGAUUAAUUUUAAAAAUGCCAUCUGCCUGGCCGUGAGGAUUACCGGUGAGGCAGCUGUGUGCCAGGCUGCGGGAGGGAAGACUGGAUCUGCUCCACCCGCACAUCGGCCGGAUCCCUGCCAGCAUCCCAGGAGGGGCUCACCUUAGCUUUGCUUAGGGGAUUGCAUUGUCAUCAAGAACAGUCUCAUUCCAGAGAACACCCUGGCCUGAGAAGGGAAGAGCUUUCCCAGACCAUCAGUCUCAUCCUCAUUCCAUAGAGAAGGGCUGUACUGGAGGAUUUGGUUUGGCUUCCAGGUGUCCAAACGCCCUCUGCCCCACCGCAAGGGCAGAGCUGUCCUGCUCGGCACGUGAAGCACCCUCAGCUUUGCCAGAUAUUUCUAAAAGAGCUGGAUGCUGCUUUCUCUUGCCCGUAAGAAGAUGCUAAAGACCUUUCCAAAGACCACUUUUUUCCAAAUCGGUGCAGAAAGUCUUGGGUUGCAGCCGUAGAUCUGACUGCUGGGGAGCUUUUCCUUCAUCAGCCUUGUGGAUUUCUGACCUUGCUCUUGGGAAGAGGAUGGAGCCUAAUGAUGUGUUUUGGGUCUGUUUUUUAGCUUGCUGCUGCUGUUGUACACGUAACAACUAGGGGAGGGAAAAAGCAUCCCUUGCUGUUUCUCUGGAAGCCUCUGUAUCUCUGUGGUGGUUAAACAAGACCUGGGUGUCACAAAAUCCUUCCCCCUUUUUAUUUCAGAAGUCAACAAACCCCCUCUUACCCCCUCCUGCUUUCAUUCCAAAGCUACAGGGAUCAAGGGGCACUGCCAACUCAUCAUUUUACUUUAUUUCUAGCAGUAGCAGUACUACAAAAUCAUCCACUGUUGCAAAUUUGGUCUGAUCUUCCUCUUUACUCCUGUCACCAUUCUUGCUCCAGAUCCCUGUUUGGGAAUGGUGUGAGCCCAGCUGAACUAGAGGGUCAGGACUGAAGUGCACCACAGGAGCUGGGUACUGGGAAACAAGCGCUGCCUGACACUUCCCCUUCCUGCUGAUCUUGCAUUUAUGAGCUCUGAAACCACUUGUUUUUAAAGGAAAAACUUUGUGUUCAAAGAGGCAGGCUGCAAACACCAGCAGACAGUGUUACUGUGUGAAGUUCUGCAUUGAAAUCGGUUUUAUUAUGUAAUUCUCACGCUAAUCUUUCGGGAUCCUUGGUUAGGAUUCCUCUAACCCAGAUGCAACAGAUGCAACUGACUCCUAAAGCAGCUUUUCACAGCUCAGGCGGCAUUGCCAGGCUAAAAAUCCCACUUUUUUUUUUUCCCUUUAAGAUCUCAAGAUUUUUUUUAAAGCUUGGGGCCUUAACUCUUCAUGGUGUGUUGAUUUUGCACUUUGCCCAGUGUGCACUAUGCUGCUGAGACUGGCCUUGAUCUGAGCUACCCUUAGGCUUAGACUAUAAAACAGGCUUUUUCUAGGGCUUUAAACUUUCCAUUUAGUAGCUUUGUAAAUUUUUGAGACUUAAUUUUUAACAGAAACUACUUUGGGGUGUUUGGACUCUUGUGGAAGAGGAAAUGCUGAGCUCCAUAUCUCUGAGUGAAAAGAGUGAAGACUUUUAUAUGAAUGUUUCGGAAUAGCAGUGUACAGCUGUGCCUUGUUUAGAUGGUGGGAGAGGCUUGAACACUUUAAUCUCCCAUUAUUUGACAGUUUGUUGUUGAUUAAAUGUAUUUAAGUUCUGUUUGAGAAGGUAUUGUAAAUUUCACUUAUUUUUAAAAUAAAUGAUCCUGCUGUGUGAACUUCAUCUGCAGCAAGACCGUGCUGGCUGUGAGCUGACACUCUAUGCUGACCUGGCUUUCUCCAGGCUUCUUGUAUCCUUUGGGGCUGUGCAGCUUUUUUUUUUUUUUUUUAGCUAUGUUUUAUGUAUUUUUUAACUGAUUAGGUGCUUGAAGCACAGACUGCUGCCUGUGGGGCAGGAAAGACUUGGGAGUAGAGGUGUGUGAAAAGCACUGAGUAGCUGCUCAGUGCCUAUGCCUGCCUGCAUUACCUCUGCUGAACUUGCUAUAGCUGCAUAG